UGAUGCUCUUUGUUAUGUUUUCAUGCGCGUGUGGUUGUGGGUGUGUGUGUGCGCAUUAUCUCGGUUUACACAGUAAAGAUCCGAUUCCACCAAUUGACUGUCUCAGUUAUGGAAGGGAGGGGUGGGGCAAAACAGAACAAUGAGUGACUUAGAAGUUGUUUUUCUUUUUUGCCCAUGCAUGAGUCAGUCUGUAUUUGUUGGUUUUGUAUAGGCUUCCACCCAUGCAGCCCCGAAAGAAUAAACUCGGUAUUUUCCUCCAGUACUGGCACCUGAGUGGUAGAGAGCCAGCUGCGGUCCCAGAGCAGCUCGCCCUGCGAUGGCGGUGGGCCAUUCCUUAUAAGGAAGACAAUCCCAAUGCAGUCGGCCCAGCAGAGCUUAGUCAUGGGGCCUGGAGCCAAGUCCCACUGUUUGGUCACUGCUGCUGCUGCACCUUCAAACCUCCAGAUUUCACUGAAGCUCGCUGGUUAUUAAACCCCCCCCCCCCUCCGUAGGUAAGCAAAUCCAUGAAUCCGAGCGCCCCUCCCAGGCCAAGCCUCACAGCUGUAGCAACCAGGCCUCGGGUCAGGUUCGGGUCGGGUUCACUGACCUCAAAGCUGCAGGGGCCACAGGUUGUACUGGGUUUGUCUCCAUCACAGACCUGUGGUUCUGAGGGUGUAUCUCAGCCACAGCAUGUCCAUGACAAUUUUCACACCUUUAGAGAUUUUCUUCCACCAAGCCGAAGAGGCAGAACUGCUUUCUGUGGGGCUUUUCAUCCUUAAAAUUUAUUAAAUACAAAAGAAAUAGAACUUGUGACUGCCGAGAGAUGGUAAAGAAUGUUUGCUUUGUUUGUGCCAAUUAAAAAAAAAAGAUUAUAAAAUAUGUGGAUUGUCACACACUGGGAAUGUGGACACUGCACAGGCUCUGGCAGCAGAACAGCUACUGGACAUCUUAACAAUACUUGUAGGACCUUCGUGGCAUCCUUCACAGCUCGGUAAGACGCUAGAUGUUUUGAUCUGCACUAUUAGUUCUACUACUAUUGCCUUUAAAGGGGUCAUGAAUGCAGGCUUCCUGAUGACCAUACAUGCAAAAACUAAUCCUCCGUGAAUAAAAGCAUGAACAGCUGUUGACACUUGACAUAGAAACAUUUAGUGGCAUCCACUCUCGACGCCCGGCCCAAAGUUGACCCUAACAUUCCUUGGUUGUAUCCUUUGGAAAAAUCAGUGAACUUUAACAACUAUCUGUGGGAAGCCCACCUGCAGGAGUAGGAGAACAACACUCCCAAGGUGGAGCAGAGAGGAGGGGCCGGGGUGGAAAUGUCCUGUGACUUUCCUUUGCUCUCGCUCCUUGGCUGUCUGCCACUGUUGUUCUGUUGUUUUUUAAAGGAUUUUCCUGCUUCCGGUGCCGAGAGAUAAUGACCUUUUUACCGGCAUUAAGCAGCCAAAUGAGACCCUUGAGAGGCUCUUGCAUUCAAGAAAAACAGAAGUCCUGUGGAAGUCUAUCGCCUUUGUUCCACUUUCUGCUCGUACGUUUCUUCAUGGGUGUCUAAAGAAAAACAGCCGGGGCGCCUCUCAGAAGUAUCUGACACUGAAGAUGGAGUGCAGCUGGUUUGUCUGGGGUGUAGUGUGUUGAUUGCACACCGAAUUGUGCGCCUGGAUAUUUAUCAUCAGAGGUGGAUGUUGAGGGACGGGUGCGCCUGGUGAUGGAGAGUGCCCUGACGGCCCGGGACAGGGUCGGCGUGCAGGACUUUGUCCUGCUGGAAAACUACAACAGUGAGGCGGCCUUCAUUGAGAACCUGCGGAGACGCUUCGGGGAAGGCCUCAUCUAUACGUACAUUGGCUCGGUGCUGGUGUCGGUGAACCCCUACAAAGAGCUGGAGAUUUACUCCAAGCAGCAGAUGGAACGCUACAGAGGGGUCAGCUUUUAUGAGAUAUCGCCUCACAUCUACGCAUUGUCAGACACCGCUUACCGAGCCAUGCGGACCGAGAGGAAGGACCAGUGUAUCAUGAUAUCGGGUGAGAGUGGAGCGGGUAAAACCGAGGCGUCUAAGAAGAUCCUCCUCUACUACGCAGUCACCUGCCCCAUCAAUGCGCAUAUGGCGACGCUGGGAGACCGCCUACUGCAGUCCAACCCGGUUCUGGAGGCGUUUGGCAACGCCAAAACAUUUAGGAACGACAACUCCAGCCGCUUUGGAAAAUACAUGGGCGUCCAGUUUGACUUUAGGGGGGCGCCAGUGGGCGGUCACAUCCUAAACUACCUGCUGGAGAAGUCCCGUGUCGUGCACCAGAACCACGGCGAGAGGAACUUCCACAUCUUCUACCAGCUUCUGGAUGGAGGGGACGACAACUUGCUCACCACACUGGCCCUGCAAAGGAACCCUCAGAACUACAGCUAUCUGGUGAAGGGCAACUGUCCCAGACUCAGCUCUGUCAGUGACAAGAAUAACUGGAAAGUCGUGAUGAAGGCUCUGUCUGUUAUUGGCUUCGCCGAGGAAGAAGUGCAGAAAUUGCUGAGUAUCAUCGCCGGUGUUCUCCAUCUGGGAAACACUCAGUUUGGGGAAGGAGAGGAAGGAGAAACUUGCAUCACCACUGAGACACAUGCAACGAAUGUUGCAAAGCUGCUGGGUGUUGAUGUCUCAGCGCUUGGGGAGGCACUCACUCACAAGAAGCUCACCGCCAAAGGAGAGGAGAUGAUCACCCCGCUGAACUUCGAGCAGGCCAUGUCUGCCCGUGACGCCUUAGCCAAGGCCGUGUACGGUCGGACCUUCACUUGGUUGGUGGAGAAGAUCAAUCAGUCGGUGGCUCUGCAGGAGGAAAUCUACCACAGCGGUAAGGGCUGCUCAGUUAUCGGGCUCCUGGAUAUCUACGGCUUUGAGGUUCUGCAGCACAACAGUUUUGAGCAGUUCUGCAUUAACUACUGCAAUGAGAAGCUGCAGCAGCUGUUCAUCGAGCUCACCCUGAGAUCUGAGCAGGAGGAGUACGAGGCCGAGGGAAUAGCUUGGGAGACGGUGCAAUACUUUGACAACAAGAUCAUUUGUGACCUGAUUGAGGAGAAGCACAAAGGCAUCAUCUCCACUCUGGAUGAGGAGUGCCUGAGACCCGGAGAGACCUGUGAUGCUUCCUUUUUGGAAAAGUUGGAGGACACACUGGGCGGUCAUCCCCAUUUUGUCACUCACAAGUUGGCAAAUGGGAAGACUCGCAAGGCAAUGGGUAGGGAGGAGUUCAGGCUGCUGCAUUAUGCAGGGGAGGUCAACUACAAUGUCAACGGUUUCCUAGACAAGAACAAUGAUUUGCUGAACAGGAACCUGAAAGAGGUCAUGUGCCAGUCCCACAACCAGAUCGUAAGUUACUGCUUCCGCAGAGAGGAGGUGAUGGACCAGAAACGCCCAGAGAUGGCCGCCACUCAGUUUAAAAACAACCUGAUGAAGCUUAUGGAGAUCCUCGGGUCUAAAGAGCCAUCCUAUGUGCGCUGUCUCAAACCUAAUGAUGCCAAGCAGCCAGGGAGGUUUGAUGAAGUCCUGAUCAGACACCAAGUGAAGUACUUGGGCCUGAUGGAGAACCUGAGGGUCAGGAGAGCUGGCUUUGCCUAUCGCCGUCGCUUUGAAGCCUUCCUGCAGAGAUAUAAACCACUGUGUCCUGAGACUUGGCCCAAUUGGCACGGCAGACUCGCAGAUGGUGUCUCGACACUGGUCAACCACCUGGGGUACAAAGCAGAGGAGUACAAGCUGGGCAGGUCAAAAAUCUUCAUCCGUUUCCCCAAAACUCUCUUCACCACUGAGGAUGCACUGCAAGCAAAAAAGCCAGAGAUAGCUUUGACCCUGCAGACGUCAUGGAGAGGCUACAGAGAGAGAGCCAAGUACCAACAAAUCAGACGAGCAGUGAUCACGAUCCAGUCCGGGUGGCGAGGGAUGAAAGCACGCAGGAGGGCCAAGAGGCGCCGGGAGGCCGCCGAGUUAAUACGAAAGUUCAUAAAAGGUUUCAUCUACCGCCAUGAGGAUUACUGCCCUGAGAAUGAGUACUUCCUGGAUCAUGUGCGCUAUUCCUUCCUCAAGAAUCUACGUAAAAACCUGCCCAGGAGCGUUUUGGACAAAACAUGGCCGACACCUCCUCCAUCCCUCGUUGAGGCCUCUGAGAACCUGUGGAGAAUGCACAUGAGAAACAUGGUCGUGAAGUAUUGCAAGAGGGUUCAGCCUGAGUGGAGAAAGCAGAUGAUUCAGAAAGUUGCAGCCAGUGAGAUUUUCAAGGACCAGAAAGACAGCUAUCCUCAGGGUGUUGGGAGGCUGUUUCUGGACUCCAGGUUGGAACGUGAACAAAUCAAUCUCAAAGUUGUCCAGACCCUUGGCAGUGACAAAGUGCAGUACGGCGUACCAGUCGUAAAGUAUGACAGGAGGGGUUUCAAGCCUCGCCCUCGCCAACUGCUGCUCACGAACACCUUUGCUGUGCUGGUGGACAAGACCAAGAUCAAACAGAGGAUUGACUACGCUGCUCUCCGGGGCAUCUCUGUGAGCUCUCUCAGCGACGGGAUGUUUGUUCUGCACAUGCCCAAUGAGGACAAUAAGCAGAAGGGUGAUGUGGUACUGCACUGCGACCAUGUGAUCGAGCUGGUGACAAAACUAGCCAUGAUGGCCAGCAAGGUGAACUACGUCAACAUCAACCCGGGCAGCAUAACGUUCGCUGUGGCUCGAGGCAAAGAAGGAAUCAUCGAUUUCGUCAGGGGUUCGGAGCUAAAGGUGGCCAAAGGCAAGCGAGGACAUCUGCUAGUGAUUGCCCCUCAGAUAAACAACAUAUGAAGAAACCGAAAACAGCAACCAGGCAAAUGAUAAUCCUUGCAGCCAACUGAAGGGACUGCCAGUGUGAUAGUUUGUAGCAGCCGGGACGAUACCACAAGCACACAGAACCAACUCAACAGAAGGAAGACCCCUUUCAUAUGCAUCAUCGUAUUUACAAGAAUUAUUUUAAUGUUGCAAUAAUGACCUUUUUUUUUUUUCUUAGAAUAGAAAAUCAUAACAUGAAGUUGUCACUGUUCAAUCAUUUGCUUUAUUUCUUUAUUGUGAUUCAUACAUAAAUAUAUUUCCACUUUAUAAAAUAUAAAAUAUAAUAAUGUAAAACACUAUCUCUACAUUGUGAGAGUCAUAAAAGAAACAAUUUAUAAUAAAUAGCAUGUCAAUAAAUAUGUCAAUAAAUACACAAAAAAUAUUUGGAAAGUCCUGUAGAAUGGAGGGGGAAACACGUAAUGUCGGGAAGUCCUUUCUGGGAGCUUAUUGCUAACUUACCGUUAGAGGUGAGAAAGAAACUUCGGGAAAUACCCAAGAAAACCCUUAAAUAUACAGUAAAACACGGAUAGCUAAAUAAGAGUGUGUGAACAUCUGCACUAAAACAAUGAUGAAAAUGAUCACAACCACUAUUCCAGCUAGUUGUUGAUCGUCAGUUCAGGCGUUCUUCUGUGUGUGUGUUGGGUGCCGUUUUUUUUUUCUUCUUUUCAGUAAGUUUUUGAAGCCAGAAAGAGGAAGUCUCUUGCCAGCUUGGUGAGGUAAAGGUCUAGAUCCCGCAGAACGAUGUAACCCUCCACUCUGCUGUCCCAUACUGUUUUGGAUCUGGUCUGUGGGUUGGGGGGUGUAGUAGGAAAGGUUGGCUUUGUCCAAGAACUAUUCUUGUAACUCAUCUGAAGAAGAAAGAAAAACAAUUUCUCAUCAGA